AUGCCGCCCAAGAAACGUGCAUACGUACCAAAGACAAAGGGCUUGAAUUGCAGUGGCCUUGGUAUUCGACAUCGAUUCAACAAGGGAGUUGCUGCGCGAGGAAAGUGGGCUGGCAAGACUAUCGACAGGGUUUAUGAAGAGAAUGAAUGGAAGGUUUCUUCAACCGAUAAAGACGCAUCAGCAUCGUCGGCAUCAAGUUCAACCGCAGAUACAAACCUGGAAACCACGGAAUCUCAUCAUGAUGACAACGAUGAUCAACAAGACGACGAUAUCGAGUAUAUCACAUCGGAUACUGGAACCUAUGACCUUGCGCUAGCAAAUUCCCAAUCACCCGCAGACCGCGAGGUUUUCAUGACACUCUUUUUAAAAGGAGUUCCAGAUAACAUGCCCGCGUGGAAGAGAAAUCUAUUCAUGACUUUCUCACGCUGCAUAUCAACGGAGAUGGUAGCCAUAGACGGCCUUCACAAUGACUGGCGCCACCUCCUUCUUCCCCUAGCUCAACAAGACGAACUGGUCAUGGAUGCCGUCCUCACUGUCUCGUCCUUUCACUUCCACAUCAACAAACUCAAUAAUGAUUUCAAGAAGAACCAGAAGCAGUACUCUGCCUUCGGAACAAAUACAUACGAUACUUACGUCCCGGAUCCAUAUCACCUUUUGGGUCGAACGCUUAAAGGCCUACGACAACGUCAGGAACUCAUAUGCAACAACCAAACUACCCAACACUCGGUGCUCAUCAGCCUUUUGCUACUGAUGACUUCUGUGCUCGUCACUGGAGGCUCAGACUUCCCUGUCCUUCUCCGAAUGCUGGAGUCAGCGCUGGACGCUAUUGGAGGAAAGGAGGGCCUUGGUACGGGUAUCUUGGCAGGUUUUAUCAUGCGUGAGCUUCACAAGAUCCGAGUUUAUGCUGCCCCGCAUCUUGGGGAAGAAACAGGUCUCCAGAUGAUCUCGUCCCAAGCCCGAACCGACCAACUCUUCGGCUGUCUCAACCACUGCCUCCAACUCUACCCAGAACACACACCACUCUUCUCCCAAGUCACAAGUCUCGUCUACCAAGCUCGAGAUAUCUAUCUCCAACAAGUCCUCUCCGACCAUACCUCCAACUUCUUCGACCUAGAUCCCAUACCCACCAAUCCCGAGUCGGUAGCACGUGUGCAGCGCUUCAUCGAAGCCCUCGAACAAUUUCCCGAGACUUCUCCCGUAGCUCAUAUGUUGGUCUGGACGACAUUUGUGGCGGCGUCGGAUGCGCAGCUUGAGGAGCACAAGGUCUAUUUUGAAAAUGUUUUGAGAAGACACCAUGCGAGGAGUGGAUUUGGGAAUUUGUUAAAGGGUAUUGAGGCGUUGAAGAGGAUGUGGAGUAGAAAGCCUGGGGAGAGAUGGACGACUCUUUUACCGCAGACAAAGGUUCUUGUUGCUUGA